CAAUUAUUAAUAAAACCCUGGAAACGAAUCCCAGCGGAGGGAUGAAUCGGACUGUGCCCAGGGGCCCCGUCAUUCUUUUCCAGUCGGCGCGAGGAAGAUGGCAAGGGGCAGACAGAGGGAGGAAGGGUCACCCAUCUGGCUGGGGAGCAAAGGUCCCUGAAGGAGUGAAGGGGCCGUGGAGAAGUCAGGCCAUGAGGAAACACCUCUCUGCUUAGCAGAUCGAGUUUAGAGGACGCCCACAUGGACGGAGAAGAGCCAAAUCUGAGGCCGGCUGCAGAUCACAGAAGGGACGUUGAAAGAGAAGGAGAGGCCCGGACUUCUCCAGGAGAUGCGACCUCUGCCAAGUUCACAGGGGUGCAGAAGACCCCGUCCAAGGCCGACCAACAAGCAGGAUCAGAUCGCCUCUUGGGUACGGGAGUGACCAACGCCGGCUUCGUAGAAGAACCUCCACCCUACGCUCCACCAGACCCCAAAGACGUUCACUUGUAUUCGCCAUUCCAAGCCGACGUCUCGCCACAGAGUCACAUCUUUUACCAGCCGACGUCAAUACCGCAGGUCCUAAGCCAGCCGCCGAAUGUGUUUCCCGGCCCCCAUCCUUUCACUAUUUACCACGGUGCCUGGCCUGGCGAGGGUCCCCCGGUUGGUGACCAGAGAGUGCCACCCAGAGAUUAUAUGGUGGAAUCCGUGCUGGUGACGAUUUUCUGCUGCUUGCUCACGGGACUGAUCGCGGUUGUCUAUUCCCACGAGACACGAGCCGCGCUGAACCGAGGGGACUUCAUCCAGGCCACGAUGGCUUCUCGGAAAGCUCGUUUGCUCGUCUUCUUCAGCCUCUCCUUUGGAGUCUUCGUGUCCAUUGGUUGGAUUAUCUACGUUCUGGUGACCCUCUAUCUGUGAUCAGGGGCUUGGGAUGAACUUUAUGGUUUCCUACAAAGAGGGUUUGGAGUCGGUAUGAAGCCUUCAUUGGCUGGUGUGCGACUUUGGGACCAAUUCCUCAUGCUGGCGCUUUCUUACGUCUCUUCCACAAAACCAACCACAUUGACAUCUUUCAGGAAGAAAUGAUGGCCCUAAAGUGACAAGACCCCCAAGCUGGAAAGAGGGGCUUCAUAGUGCAAAGCACUGGUGUCUUCUUUCAGAACUUACUAAGGCAGACUUAAUUACUAUUUCAUCUGUCUUUUGCCACUCAAAGAAUACAUGAACAGUCUGGUCCAAUUACACGUGGGCGGUGAUCCACGUUGGUGAGGUCGAGGUAGAGCCUCUAUUUUUACUUGUCUGUUAGAAAAGCUCAUAUAAUUUGUGCAUGUCAUGCAGGACUAGAAAAAACAACUAUUCUUGGAAAGACGGGGGGAAGCAGAAGGGGAAGGCAGUGAGAUUGAUGGAUGAGAUUAACAAAAUUACAGGACUGUCCUUGGAAGAGCUACAGGUUAUUCUUGGGGACGGGUCAAGAGGGUGAACAUUUGUCCAUGCAGUCUCCAGGCAUUGAGAUCAAAUUAGUGGCACUUAACUGUUAAGACAUCAGAAAGUCCAUACCAACGUCCGUUUAGGAUGCUGAUUUAGGAAAGAACAAAUGUUCAAAGAUUUUUGCUCAUUCAUAUCCAUCAUUUGGCCACUGACCUAUAAUAGGGGUCAGCAGCUGAUCUUCAUCGGGCCAGAAUACCUCCUUGCAUAGGCAGAAAGGUAGAAGAUUGAAUAGAUAGAUAGAUAGAUAGAUAGAUAGAUAGAUAGAUAGAUAGAUAGAUAGAUAGAUAGAUAGAUAGAUAGAUAAGA